AUGGUUGGAAAUAGGACAUGGUUUGGAGGGCUUUUCAACGGCUCAGGCAAAAGGCGACAAGUUAGUGCAGAGAAGAUAGUGUUUGAUCUGACCCCUCUUCAGGAACAGAGAUUGCAAAAGUUGAAGGAAAGGCUAAAUGUACCUUAUGAUGAAACUCGAGCAGAUCAUCAGGAAUCACUUAGGGCUCUUUGGAAUUCCUCCUUUCCUGAUACAGAGCUCACUAGCUUAGUUUCAGCGCAGUGGAAAGAUAUGGGGUGGCAGGGCGUGAACCCAGCGACUGAUUUCAGGGGCUGUGGAUUUAUUUCACUUGAGAACCUUUUGUUUUUCGCUAGAACAUAUCCGGCUCCUUUCAAGAGGUUGAUGCUGAAGCAGCAAGGAAUGCGAGCCGUAUGGGAGUACCCCUUUGCGGUUGCAGGUGUAAACAUCUCUUACAUGCUGAUUCAGCUGUUGGAGCUCAACUCAGCGCGGCCGAAAUCUUUGCCAGGGAUUAACUUUAUCAAAGUGUUGACAGAACACGAGGAUGCAUUUGACGUGCUAUACUGCAUCGCUUUCGAGAUGAUGGAUGCUCAGUGGCUAGCAAUGCGAGCAUCGUAUAUGCAGUUCAAAGAGGUGAUGGAGGCCACAAAGCAGCAGCUGGAGAGGGAGCUCUCCCUGGAGGAUGUCCAUGGCAUCCAUGACCUCCCAGCUUACAACCUCUUGCACAAAUAGUAGGUAGACUAUUCCAUAUGAUCCAGUCAAGGGAAAAUGAAACACAUGAUGAUCAGAUCAGCUUCAGCAUCAGCCUGUAAAAAGAGAAUGCAGCAUCCACACUAUACUUUCAGUGUCCAUCUCUUGUUGAUGAUGGAAAUACGACGCAGUUUUGCCGAGGAGCCAGCCUAUACUAGGGAUACACACAUACUGUGUGUGUGUGUGUGCACAGUUGUGCAGUGUAUAUAUCGCAGGGAUUUAUUGUACAAGAGCAAAUGAUGCAAACUAAGCUUCUGUUGAGGUCAAGUUGUUUGCGUUUGCAGUCAUGUGAAGAGAAGGAGCCACUUGCUGUAGUUGUUUGCUUUGACUGGAUCCGUCCAAGCAUAUGCAUAUGCUAGCUAGCUACCGAUCCAAUGAUCAGAGGCCCAAUGCAAGGACCGACCUUUUGUGCUUGGUUGAUUGUGUGUGUAUGCAUAAAGAUAUUA